GCAUUGGUCGAGACCCCACUGCGCCAGUCAUUCGCGACGCAAAGUAUAGAUUCACUGGAAGGCCUGCGCAAUUGCAAUGUCCAUCGGGUGGGGCCCGUGAUGUUAUGUACGCGUCGCGCGCGCGUCGUUACGGAACGCGAGAGUCACAACCUGUCACGCUUGCGCGUUACCGUCGCGUCUCGUCAAGGUCGGGUGGCGGCGACCUCCUGUCUGCAUUACGUCUGGACUCUGGAGAACUGCUCCUUGACCUUAUACCCCCAUCACCACCCAAUCUGUCGUCCACACCCUCCCCGACGCCCUCAGACCCGCGCUGUUCAAUCCCACGCACGCAAGUCGGCAUGCUACCAAAGUCCCCUACGGCGAUGGUGGCGGAGACCCUACUUUUCGGAAGCGGUCCCGAGGAAGGCCCUGAGCGUGUGGAUCCAGGUUCUAUGGAAGCCGCUGUAGUGGAUGGGACAGAUGGCACGGAAGCCCGUGUGUCGAUGUAUGUUUCGCUGUUCGAAGACAUGGUGUCCACGGUUUUGGCCAAGGAGCACUGCCUGUUCACCCUUGACGAAAUUGCAUGUCUAGGAAGAUAUAGCAAGCUAUCUUACCAUGCACGCUACCUCUUGGUCCGGCUCUGUCUGCGCAAGGCAGACAAAUGGCAUAGGCUCAGUGCCCUCAAGUACGAGGGAGAACUGGGGAACAACGUACGACCCGCCAUUGCGGAGUUAUGUGGCAAGGCACAUUCGCCAGCAGCCGGGAACGCAUCAUCAGUGAAGGCCGAAGUCAAAGUUGAACAGGAGGCUGAGCCACUGUCGCUCAGCCAUGAGCCUCCCUGGGACCCGGCAAAGAUAGGUCAGGUAGACCCUGCUGUCAAGAUUGAGUCGACCGAACCCAAAGUCAAAACCGAAGAGCCGGAAAUUAUCGACUUGACAUCAGGGACAGAUGCCGAUGAACUGCCGCAAAUAGGGGCUCCUCCGCUCGCUCGAAAGCCGAGAGAAGAAUUUGAACAAGGGCCGGUCCCAGGUUCUGUACAUGCAUCAUUUGCAGAAGACGAGUCUGGGGCGACCUUACGCGAACUCCUGGAGUGCCUCGCGGUCGAAGAGCUGAAGGCGACCGCAAAGCAAUUCAAGGUAAAGGGCUCUUCGAAGGAUGUUCUCAUUGACGAGCUGAUCCGCACAUGCUCUGGCCAAGCUACACUGGGGUUCUUUCUCGGUCAGCCGAAGAAACGAAGUAAGAAAGGGAAUAGCACCGUUCUCACUCAGAGUAAUGUCUUCCUCUCUGGUCGGACGCAAGCGGACAGACUGCGAGCAGUCGUCAUGAAGACGCUCGAGACUUGUGUGCGCAUUAAUGACCACAUCAUUAAGCUCCUACGGCGCAUCAACCUUGUAUAUUUCCGCAAGACCCAGCAGGCACCAUCGAUGCUCACAGAAUCUAUCCUCGCCUAUGCCCGCAAACGGUCAUAUACGUCUUACCAGUACGAUCGCACGCCCACGAUAUGGCCUUCAAGGGCCGCUCUCUUAGCGUAUGAGGAGGCACUCGAGAAAGAAGCACAAGUCGAUGCAAUACUAGAUGGCACUUCCAAUGCCUCGUUCCGCGUGCGUUCAUCAACAAGCCGAACCCCAGGUCCAGCUGCCAAGAGGGUUAAGACGCCGGUCACACCUCGCAAGAACGACAAGGGCAAGGCUGAGGAUGCGAUGGACGUCGACAACCGACCUGGUGCGGAGAACGAAAACUUGGAACUGGACGGGCCUACAAAGCGGAAGGCGCGUGCUCUCAAGCCUAUUUUCCAAGACGUAUACGAGCAGUGGAAGAACAUGGUCCAAGUCAAGGCUGAGGUGGCCGGUCGGCCUAGGGGACUUGAACGUUUUGACUGCGGCCAUGUCCUCACACGAGUCGUCUGCAAGGGUUCUGCGGCACUCGGUAUGCUUGGCGAACACGAGUAUGAGCUUGAAGUCCUCGAGGCGCUUCUUGCUCAGCGGCGGUGGCGGCGCGGACGCCGAGGACGAUGGUACGAGCGUCGAGCGCUGCUCCUGAUGAAGUUUCAGCGGUACGAAGUCGCGAAAGCGGCUGUCAUCGAGGCGCUAGAAGAUGAUGACACACACAUUGUAUUCCGCCCGAAACUCGAACGUAGACUGACGACCCUUGAAAAGCGACUCAAGGUGCCCGAAGAAGAGCGUCACACCUGUGAAGGCAAACUCGAGAAAGCCGCUGUGGUUCAGAUGACAGGGACACGAGUGUACCACCGAGAAACGAGCCUGAAGUUGGAUCCCUUUGGCCGGAACAUCAACAAAGCCUCUAAAGCGCCUGCUCAGGGCACGCGCAACGAUGUCCGGGUCCAGACAUCGAUACCGUCCGAUUGGGUGCAACCAGGUGUUGUACCCCUUGAGAAGCAUCCUCCCGAGGCAGGACCGAAGUGGACAGGCAAAUCCAUUUGGAUAGGUAGAGACGGGGAGGAGGUCACCGUCGAGAUGCUGGCCCUCCAGCACUACGAGGAGCAAGGCUUCCGAGGAUUUCAUUGUGAAGGGCGGGUCGUAAAAACCCUCUUUGGCCUUCUCUUGUGGGACAUCAUCUUCGCAAACAUCCCUGGCGCAUUCGAGACGCCAUAUCAGCAUGCUCCUCUCGAUAUUGUCGAGGACACCUUCUACUAUACGAGGCAACAUCUUAUCGAUCCGCGUUUGGAGGAACUGAAAUCUGGACAAGGCCCAGAGAUCAUAGAACGCGUCUUCACCGAACACGGCGAGAAGAAGACUUGGUGCGUCGGCGUGCAGUGGGAUCUAUUCGAGAAGAACGACUUGCUUGAGAUUGCAGAGUGUCUCGGAGGUGUCGCACUUGUUGUGAUCUGUCGACUGAUGUGCGAAGACUAUGCUGGCCGCACAGGCGGUGUCCCAGACUUGAUCGUCUGGCACUCGGCCACUCGGGAAAGCAAGUUUGUCGAGGUCAAAGGUCCAGGAGACAAACUGCAGGAGAAUCAGAAGGUCUGGAUCGAUGUCCUCCUGCAAGCUGGUGUUGUGGUGGAGGAAUGUCGUGUGGUCGAACAGGGCGCCGAAUCUACUACAGCAAAGAAGAGCAAGAAGAAAGCGACACGUCCCUUGAAGCGGAAACGCGUGGCAUCUGAUUCCGAAGAGGAUCCAGUUGAGCCUGAGUCUGAAGACGAGGAAGAGGUCGACUAUUCGCAGUUGGACGCAGGUGCAGCCGUCGGUCGCGCCUCCCCACCGUCCACCCCGAAGAAGCCGCCUCCACGGAAGAUUGUCAACCGCGCAGAGGUCGUCAUCACCACGAGUCCGGCUCAGGUGUACGCGUCCGCGAAGAAGCGCAGGCGAGCACGUAGCAUGUCGCCUGAGGUCUGACUGCCGAAGGAGCCCUAUUAUUAUUCGUAUCAUAUAUAUUGUAGCCAUAGCGUGCUCUCACUCUGCUCUGUAUCAUUCUCGCGCGCUGUAUGUUUGAUAAGGUGACUUACUGUGGCCUGGUUCCAUUCUUGCCGGCCUCAUAGUGUACAGUGCUGUGGGCAUAUCAUCCUACUGCGCAAUCCUUGAACUCGAGUGGCCUUGCGAUAAGUAGCUGGCGAAGGCGAAAGUAACCCUGUCAUUCUUCAAGUAGCAACGGAUCGGAUGCACGCAUCUUCGACCACGGUAUUGCCUGAUGUUUCG